AUGGGUUUGAUGACAAAAAAAAAAAAUUUGCUUGAACUAAAAUUUUUUAGAAGAAAUUUUUAUUCAAGAAUUAAUUACUGUAAAGAAAGAAAAUACGAUUUGUUAGAAAAAAAUAAAUACUAUUUAAAUUAUGAAAAGAAAAAUGAAAUUUUUAAUAAAAAUAGUAUAAGAAAAUUUUCCAGAUAUUCUAAUAAAGGAAAAGAUGAAAAGGGAAAGAUUUUAUUAUCACUUAUAAAAAAGGAUGCAUUGAAGAGUUACAUAACCAAUUUAAAUAAUAAAAUGCAAAAUGUUAUUAAAAUUGAAGGAAAUAUUGAAAAAUCGAUUAAUAAUUUAUAUUAUAAAUUACGUAUAAAAUAUAUGUUUUUAAAAAAAAAAUAUCAAAGUGAAAUUUCUAAAUAUAAAAAUAUAUCUUCUAACAUAUCUAUUAUUCACAUGAUCAAAAAUGAUAGAAAAAUAAAACAAUUAUUAAAUAACUUACUAAUAAAAAAAAAAUAUUUUUUAAAUAAUAUACACUAUUACUUUAAAAAUUUUAAUAAAUCUUAUUAUAAAAGUUUGUUCUUAUAUCAUUACAGAAAGUCUCCUGUUACAUAUACGUUGAUGUUAUUACAUGUUUUAGUUUUUUUAUUAUGGUUAAAGGCGAAACCAGCAAAUAAUUAUGAUUAUUUUAGAAAACAAUAUUUUUCUUCAUAUGGAUUGACUUUAGAUUUUAUGUAUAAAUAUUUCUGUUGUAGUUUGCGAAGUUUAAAAGAAAAAAAAUUAUAUACAUUAGUAACUUCUUUAAUAAGUCAUAAUACUAUUCAAUCUUUUUUAUUAAAUACUAUAUCUUUAUAUUAUAUAGGAACCUCUUUAGAAAUGUUAAUAAAUUCUCGAAAUUUUAUUAUCACAUAUAUAAUUAGUGGUAUUAUAUCUGCAUAUGUGCAACUUCUAUAUCAUAAGAACAAUUAUAAUAAUAUUUAUGUAUUUGGAGCAAGUGGGAGUAUAAGCUCUAUUUUAAUGACAUAUACUUUUCUAUACCCCAAACAAAAUAUUUAUUUAUAUGGAAUAAUCGCAUUACCAUUAGCUCUUUUUUCAGGAUUAUAUUUUUUAAAUGAAUUUUACUGUGUAUUAAGUGAUAAAAAAGAUAAUACAGGUCAUAUUGCUCAUUUAACUGGAAUGGGUUUAGGGAUACUUUAUUAUUAUUAUAUUAAAAGAAAAAUACUUUGA